UCUCUCCAUAUAUAAAACUGGCGGCCAGAAGCAGGAGGCCGAGGCGAGAGAGGUUGUGAGAGAGUAGAAUAAUGGAGCUUCUCUCUCGCUUCUGCUUCGCUGCGCUUUGGUUGCUACUUCUCUCAGGUCAAGUUCUCCAAACUCUCUGCGUCAGGGUCGGAAUCAACUAUGGGCAAAUAGCCAACAAUCUGCCUUCUCCCAUGGUGGUUGCUGGCCUCCUCCAGUCAAUCGGUAUCAGCAAGGUGAAGCUUUAUGAUGCUGACUCCAAGGUUUUGAGUGCCUUCGCCAAUUCCAACAUUGAGUUUAUAAUUGGAAUUGGCAAUGAGAAUAUACUGAACAUGAGAGACUCUACAAAAGCUCAGGCCUGGCUCAGGCAGAACGUCCAGCCUUACCUCCCACAAACUAAAAUCACCUGUAUCACUGUUGGAAAUGAGGUUUUCUCAAGCAACGACACCGCAUUGAUGUCAAACCUCCUCCCAGCAAUGCAGUCCAUACAUGAAGCUCUUGUUACCCUUGGAUUGGACAAGCAAGUGAUUGUUUCCACUGCACAUUCCGCAGCUAUAUUGGGAAAUUCCUACCCUCCUUCCACUGGCUCAUUCCGUGAAGAUCUCGCUCAGUACAUUCAACCACUCCUAAACUUCCAUUCUCAGAUAAAGUCUCCCUUCCUCUUAAAUGCAUAUCCUUUCUUUGCCUACAAAGCAAACCCAGAUAGUAUCUCAUUGGAGUAUGUCCUGUUCCAGCCUAAUUCAGGAGUCACUGAUCCAAAUACAAACUUGAAGUAUGAUAAUAUGCUCUAUGCACAGAUUGAUUCAGUUUAUUCUGCAAUGAAAGCAAUGGGGCACACAGAUAUUGAUAUCACAGUAUCUGAGACUGGGUGGCCAUCAAAAGGAGAUUCUGAUGAGCCAGGAGCAACGAUACAGAACGCUGCAACAUACAAUGGUAAUCUGUUCCAAAGGACUGCAACGAAUCAAGGCACGCCACUGAAGCCUUCUCUGCCUAUUGAUGCCUAUGUUUUUGCCCUAUUUAAUGAGAACCUGAAGCCAGGUCCCACAUCUGAGAGGAACUAUGGGCUUUUCUAUCCUGAUGGUACUCCUGUUUACAAUAUUGGUUUGCAACGAUACCUUAUAUCGUCAUCGUGGUCGUCGUCGUCGUCAUCAUCAUCAUCAUUUUCCAAGAUAAUGGUGGCAUAUGAGUUGGGCAUUCUUAUCAUAGUCAUAGCAGUUUUCAUAUAAGCAGAUUGACAUCCCGAUGAAUAAUGGAUGGCAUCACAGGUUUUUUGGUUAUUUGGUGAUUGAUAUUUUCCAGUGGAGUGGGACCAGAAUCAAGCUUCAUCUCCAGUUUCAGCAUCAAUGCCUUCGGAAAGCAUGGCGCGUUAAUCUUAAUGUCGCUCAACUGUUUUGAUUUUUCAGUGAUGCAGGCUCAAAACUUUGGGAUGAUGCUGAGGAAUAGUCACUCUAAGUCAAUUCAUUACAGAUUGGAAUCAUUAAAAAGUACAUGUAUUAGGAACUCUGUUUCACGUUGUCAUCACAUUUUUUUUAAGAUAUUGACAAAUUUUAAAGCUCAGGAGAUUAAACAA